AUGUAUUUCGUGGCUCCCGAAAAAGACACAUUGACGCUGUGCUUUUCAGUCACUAUCCUGACAUACGGCGACGGAUAUCCUGUGUCGAACGCUUCUGAUGCGACAGCGAUGAGUUACUCGCUGUGCACCUCCGUCUGUGGGGUUGGACCACGACCUUUCGACUGGUUCAAGUUUUCGCAAGAUUUCAGUGCAUGGCUGCUGCCAGCUCCCCUUUGGGGCACAGUACAGGCGUGA